ACAAACAGAGGACGGACCGGGGCGCGGGAGCGAGCGCAGGCUGGCCAUGGGGCACGGGGCAGCGUCGCCCGCGCGCACUCCGCACACCACACCACACCGCUGUCCGCGCCCUGACCGGCUGGCGCGAGCCUGACCGCCGCGGUGCUGCUGGCGUUGUUUUGGCGGGUUUUGGUCAGCAGACGGGCUGGAACAUGGCGCCGUCGGGCUCGCGGAACAUCAGGGGGGGCUGCCGGAGAGUUCUGUACUGGAUCCCGGUUCUGUUCAUCUGCCUGAUCGUCGCCUGGUCCUACUACGCCUAUGUGCUGCAGCUCUGCAUCGAAACAGUGGAGAACCUGGGAGAGAAAAUAGUUUACCUCCUGGCGUAUCAUGUGCUCUUCAUCUUGUUUGUGUGGUCAUACUGGCAAACCAUCUUCACCAAACCUAUGAAUCCACUCAAAGAGUUCCACCUGUCUCACUCGGACAAAGAGCUGCUGGAGCGAGAGGAUCGCGGGGAAUCUCAGCAGGAGAUUUUGAGAAGAAUCUCGAAGGAUUUACCCAUUUACACCCGCACAACUUCUGGAGCUAUUCGUUACUGUGAGCGGUGCCACCUGGUGAAACCUGACCGAUGUCAUCACUGCUCAGUUUGUGAUAAGUGCAUCCUGAAGAUGGAUCACCACUGUCCGUGGGUAAACAACUGCGUGGGCUUCUCAAACUACAAGUUUUUUACACUGUUUCUCGCAUAUUCAUUGCUGUACUGCCUCUUCAUCACUGCAACAGACUUGCAGUACUUCGUUCAGUUCUGGACUGCUGGUGGUAAAGCCCACGAUCGGCUGAGAGAGUACUGGAACGGGCUGCCCGACACACAAGCCAAGUUCCACAUCAUGUUCCUGUUCUUCGCCUCCUCGAUGUUCUCCGUUAGUCUGGCUUCACUGUUCGCCUAUCACUGCUGGCUCGUCUGCAAAAACAGAUCUACCCUGGAGGUUUUCCGAGCUCCUGCCUUUCGCCACGGAACCGACAAGAACGGCUUCAGUCUGGGGGUCAGCAAGAACUUGCGUCAGGUCUUCGGUGAUGAAAAGAAAUACUGGCUUUUGCCUGUUUUUUCCAGUCAGGGUGAUGGCUGCUCCUUCCCCACCUGUCUGGUGAACCAAGACCCUGAACAGCCUGCCUCACCGUCCGGACACGCUGCUGCCAAGAGUACUGAAGGAGAAACGCAUCCGUUUCCUGCUAAACCUCUCAGAGAGUCCCAGAGCCGCCUGCUGAGUAACGGACAGACCUGGACAGACAGCGAGGGGCCGGAGGAUAAAGACAGACAAGGCACAAGCAACCCAGCCCUGACUAUAGAAAAGGAGACAUAGAUUUGGUUUGCUUAUGGAGAAAAAGAUCCUUUGUGGUCCUGCGUUUUGUCCACGGAACAGUAAAGCGUGGUCUCCGGGCUGAGGAGGCCGGUCCGCUGCGGCGCCGGAUCAUUAUUCAUUGGGUUUCUAUCUAAUUGCUUGAGUAGGGUGCUUCUAUAGAAAAGCUGACUGUGCAGGAUUUCCAGUAUGUAUAUUCAUAAGGACGUGGUCAGAAAGCACGGAGCGCUUUGUGCUCUGUGGAGACGCUGUGUUCGUACACUGUGCCUGAAGAUAACGCUCACUGAAACAGUUGCACUCUGGGUAACAUUCGACUUGCACACGUUUGGUGACCCAGUCGGUAGAACUCCGAGAACCGCGAUUUUAAAAUGAUCACCAAAGUGAUUAAUGUACAGCUAAUUAAUGCCUUGAUCAUGCGUAUCUUCGAUAUGUGGUGGCGAUUGUAUUUAAGGCUCAGUUUUUCUCUCAGUUGGGGGUGAGGCGUCGUGGUUGUGUGCAUGCUGUGUGGUGAAUAUGUAUACGCUGUGUUUCAGAUCUGAAACCUGAGAGCCUGUUACACAACCUGAGGCACUGUAAUACGUACUGUGAUAGCUGUGUCAUGAAGUGCUGUCCAAUAUGCAGUAGAACUCUUUCACGUAAACAUUAAAAGUACAUUUUUUGUGUGUUUUUCUUAUUGAUGAGUGUAGGCAGUUAGGAGUUAUUUGUAUUCUUAAUGAUGUAGGCGAUGAUGAUGGUCUGUCCUGAUGAUAACCAGUGUUUACUGGCUCUGCUGUAAUAUCGUAAGGUUUUGUUUUAAGGUUCAUUGCCACAGAAAGUCAAAUAAAUCGAAAACAUUUUAGUAUAUAAAAAUAUUAUGGGCUCUUGAAAUAUUAAAGGGGCACUCCAGCCUAAAUGAAAAAUGUAAGCAUCUCUAUAUUCAAUUCAAUUCAGUUCAAAUGUAAUUUAUUUAUAACAGACUCCCACUAUUUAAAACUCCCUCACACUAAGAGAAAGAAACCUGGAGGGGAUCCAAGACAUCCAUUGUAAACAACUCUAUUGUAACCCUUCCUGAUGAUGUAUUUUAAAGGUGGGAGGAGCUUUUGGUGGAUUUUAGGUGCAGACUGUUUUAAGUGACCCAUUUUUUUCAUUACAUUACAUUGUUAGAGUAGCUCAACACACUAAAGAUCUCUGCAUACGUCCUGCAAAAUGAAGUUUGUGAGAGUUACACAAAGCUGAACACGCCUUUUUGUUGCUUCGUUUUGCAUGUUGCCUGUCGUUCCACAACUGUGGGUGAUGCUAGGAAAUUUGUGGAGUUAAGUUUCAUGACUACUGGAAUACAAUGAUCACUUUUUGUGCUCUCGUUCGAGAAGAAAACAGGCUCUUCCAUGGCAACGUGAGAAAUAUGGAAAGUGUAUAAGUGUUGUUGUGAAAUAGCUACGCUUUGGGAGGAGGAACAUGCCUGAAGCUCCUCCCCUUUCGAAUCUGGCAUCUCAUAAGUACCCUGGACAUCUCUUUUGUGUUACAACAAGUUUUCUCACCAUCCACCACUUAUAGGAGAAGGGGGUACUGGCUUUCUACGAUAAGCAGAACCUCCCCAAACUCUAGCCUAAAGUUUCUCCCCUCUCGUUCUCUUUUCCCGCAUAGCCAUAAACUGAUGACAUUUUUUUGAGGAGCAAAACAUAUUUGAGUGAAAAAACGUGAAAGGUUUUUAUUUUUAUUUUUUUAUAUUUUACACUUCUACUUAGUGAUAAAACUCUUGCAUCCAGACUGCAGUUGAAAAAACAGGAGGACCUGAGUGAAUUUUUAGGCUUUCUCAGUCACUUGACAUCCUGUUCAGUAGCUCCUCCAUUUCCACUUGGUGUUGUUUACAUGGAUCUCCAUGGAAACACACGUCCAGAAUGUGAUUACGGUGCAUGGCAGUGCACAAAUAGCUAUUUUGUUAAACGCAUGGUGAUGAAACUCAGAGAUGUGCGUCCGGUAACCACAUGGCCUCCACAUGUCUGAACACGUGCUUUUUUUUUUUUUUUUAGCAGCGGCAGCCUUAAAGCUGUGCACCUCAGUUCUGCACAAUUUUACGCAGAUAUUUCCAGUUAGUCAAAAUAAUGCUUUUAUUCCCAGAAAAACGAUGUUAUUUACCUUUUAAAAAGCCAUUUAAAUGCCUGAUUAUUUUUGUUUUGCUGUUUUCCUCGGGUUUUGAGUGCUUUAUAUAUUAUAUCGCUGAAAACAAAAACAAUGCGAUGUCAAAUUUUCCAAUAUCGUGCAGCCCUAGUUUACAAGAUUGCUUAAGUAAUCAGAUAACUUUAGUAUUUUUUUAAUUGCAUGUAAACACACUCUGUAUUGUGCUGGCACAGGCGUCUGUUAGCUGAUGUACCAGGGCUGAGGAUCCAGCACUUUCCUCCAGAAGUGUUUCUGCCCAGUGAUGCUCAUUGAAAGAGCAUCGACAAAACAACAGAACAUCAUGAAUUGUCUCAAGCCAUGGUUGAGGUAUAUAAUGUGCCGUGACAGAAGCCUAAUAAAUCACAUCAUAAUAAAUAACUCUGUAUUAAAUGCUAGCUUUAGUCUGGAGAGCCCCUUUACCAUUUCCAAUACUGUACCAUGAAUACACUCCUGAGCUGUGUGGGACCAAAAGAGCAGGAGGAGGGGUUUUAAUUAAAUACGCCUCCACAGAGAGAAUGAACUACAGCCAGCAGGAAAACAAUGAGACGGUUUGACCUCAUAAGCACAGAAAGAAGAAGAAAUGCUGGCUCAUUUGCACUUUAUAAAACUACUUUACAUGUGAAUACACUUAAACCUGCUUGCAGUUUUAUUAUGUUUUUCCAUUGUGAAAAUAAAAACAAUACUGAUGCUUUACCAAUAGAUAGUUAGAAAAUAAUCUAGAUGUUUCUACUACAGUUUGCAGUCUGAAUUUUGUUUUGUUGGUUUAUAGAAAGGGUUUUGUGCUUUUCUGAUUUUUUUUCCCAUAUAUACUGGUGCAUCUCAAAAAAAUUAAAUAUCAUUGAAAAAAAAUAUCAUUUUUUCCAGUAAUUCAGUUCAAAAUGGAAAACACAUAAAAUAAAUAGAUGUGACACACACAGAGGGAUCGAUUUUAAGUGUUAAUUUAUUUUAUUGUUAAUGAUUAUGACUACAGGCAAUAAAAAAACCCAAAAUAAGUGUCUCAGACAAUUAGAAUGUUAUAUAAGACCAAUUGGUGUGGAAAGUGUGCCUGCUAGAAAAUGAAAUCCGUUGGUCCACUGUGUCUCCAAACUAUCACUGAUUGGUGGAAACUUCACACGAGACCUUGAGCAGUUUGGACUGUGUCUCUCCACUCUUCCUCCAGACUCUGCUCCCUUUAUUUACAAAAGAAAUAUACAAUUUACUGAUGAUCAGUGAUGGUUUGGAGAGACAUGUCAUCUGCUGGUGUUGAUCCACUGUGUUUUAUUAUUAAGUCUAAAGUCGGUGCAGUUUUGUUUUCCCACAAAAUCUUACAGCACUUCAUGCUUCCCUCUGCUGAGGACAACUUUUAUAGAGAUGCGGAUUUCAUUUUCCAGCAGGACUUGGCACACUGCCCACACUGACAAAAGUACCAUUCUGAUUUUCUGAGAUACUGAUUUUUGGGUUUUCAUUGGCUGUAAGCCAUAAUCAUCAACAAUCUAUCUAUAAUAGAGUUUUACAUUUCAACAUAAAUUACUGAAAUAAAGUAACUUUUUAAUGAUAUUCUAAUUUUUUUGAGAUGCACCAGUAUAUUCCAAAUUGUGGCACUAUAUGUUAGGGGGUUGCAUAGACUAAUUGACUAGUUGAUUAGGACAUCUACAGUUUGCCGCAGUAGGGAAAUGUCUAGUGAUCACAAACAGCAGCAGUAGAUGGAAAAAAAAGCAAAUUCCUUUUUUUUUUUUCUUUUUUUUUUUGCUUCAGCUUAGGAACUCAUAACUAGUCUAGACUAAUCGAUUACUUCUCUGAAAAGCUAGUCGACUAGCAAAGAUUAAAAUUAGUAGUCAUGCAACCCCUAAUACUGUAUGUUGAGACAAGUAAAAUAUAUAAAUAUGGCUGCAAAUACUGGAUUAUAAAGUGACACCAUGCUUGAAGUCAGGUAUGAUGUUUACAGUCACUACACACACACUGCUGAAGAUUUACUAGUGGUUUUGGGUGGACGGUGGAAAAGUUCCUAAGGGCUCUAUUUCUAUUUGAUACUGCCUUUUAUUUAACAUGAUUCUAAAACUACGGCAUGAUAAACAACACUGAUAUUUUUUGAAAAUAUGAAAAACACAGACAAGCUAAGACUUUCUAUGUGAAUGUGUUAAGUGUUUUUUAACGUGCCUGUUUAUAGUCUUUAUCGUGGAAUCUGUCCAACAUAAGACUGACCAUCAUACCACAUUCCAUUAAUCAUGUGAUAUAUUAGCUUAGUGUAGCGUAGCAUAGCGUAGGUCUAGCGUAAGGUUAGCUACAGCCUCUGCUGUUCUUUAUGUACGUUUUUUCCUUUUAUUGUAGAAUUAAACAAAAAAAAGUAUUAAAAAACAUAUUUUGGACUCGAGAAGACCAAAUGAACUGUACCCUACUGUACUCUACUGUACUGUGCUACAUAACCUCAUUAUUACAUUAUUUCUCAUGGACCAUUUAAUGAUAGGACCUUAAUGAAUGUUUUCAGUUGAAAUACUGUAAUAAAUCCUAUGUUUUAUGUA